AUGGCUGGUUUCCAUCACCCCGGAGAUCCUUAUUUCCCCAAUCAGGGAAAUAACGGAUGGUUGGAAGAAUCCGAAGAGGAACCCGAAGAGGACCCCGAGGAGGAGUCUGAAGAGGAACCCGAGGAGGAAUCCGAAGGGGAACUUGAGGCGGAAGCCGAGGGCGGACCUGCCGAGCCAGUGGUGGACCAGGAAGAAGAGGAAGUCGAAGGAGGUCUCGAGGAGGAACCCAGAGAUAACAAAGAUGGUGAUUCGGACGCAGAGUCCGAAGUCAUCAACCCCCUUAUCCGGUUAGGGUGCCCGCUUAUCGGGUGGGCCACACUAUUCCUACACCCCUUAGGUAUCGACCAUUGGAGGUGGAGCAGGCAGCAGGGACAGCGACCCCCGUUCGGCAUGUCACAUGAGUUCUAUGACCUGGGGGAAGGAGGACCGGCCGAUCAUGCUCCUCCGGUCAUGGUGAGACGAUUGCGGAACACUGGCGACCUAGCUCAGAGCACCACUGAUCAGAUGCACCAGAUGCGGACUAGGGUUGAUCGUGCAGAGCAAGAAACGCGAGAGGUUAUCUGA